GACACGGCCAGAGCACUGAGAGAUAUCCGGUAUUGAUGUAACUGGAGUGAAUAAGUGAACCUUCUUCCUGAGCGCAGACAUUGGAGACUAUUAUCAGCAUGAACUCAUAUGUGUUAGACAAUCACUUGAAUAGUUCAUACCCAUCCUUCACUACAGGAAGCAUCAGAAUGAUACCACAAACUCCAAUAGUCUCAGACACUAAUGACUAUUCACAAACAUUGGGGAACUCACAGCAGAUAUUUAAAGGAGAUGGAGAAUUGUCAGGAACUGGGCAGCAAUCAUUAUGUACAGAGAGUAAUUUAGUCAUCAAACAAGAGGACAACAUUUAUGCCUUAUCUAGUGAAAUGAUUAUCCCAGAGGAUAAACCACACACAUUUACUGAGUUUUCAAAACAUUUAAAAGAAGGGGAAAGUCUUAAGUCUAGCCAAAUUAUUCAUACAAAUAAGAAACCAUUCGAAUGUACAGAAUGUGAGAAAAGCUUCACAUGUAAUUUGCAUCUCCUUGAACACCACACAGUUGUGAAACCUCACACAUGUACAGAAUGUGGGAGAUGUUUCACAUCUAAAGGAAGCCUUAAGUGUCACAAAAAGACCCACACAGGGGAGAAACCUUUCACAUGUACAGAAUGUGGAAAAUGUUUUACACAAAAGAGUGAUCUGAAAACUCAUGAAAGGAUUCACACAGGAGAAAAGUCUUUCACAUGUACAGAGUGUGGAAAAUGUUUUACAAAAAAGAGUAGUCUGAAUAUUCAUGAAAGGAUUCACACAGGAGAAAAGCCUUUCACAUGUACAGAGUGUGGAAAAUGUUUUACAAAAAAGAGUAGUCUGAAUAUUCAUGAAAGGAUUCACACAGGAGAAAAGCUGUUCACAUGUACAGAGUGUGGAAAAUGUUUUACAGUAAAGAGUAUUCUGAAAACUCAUGAAAGGAUUCACAAAGAGGAAAAGCCUUUCACAUGUACAGAGUGUGGGAAAAGUUUUACAGUAAAGUGUCAUCUGAAAACUCACGAAAGGAAUCACACAGGAGAAAAGCCUUUCACAUGUACAGAGUGUGGAAAAUGUUUUACAUUAAAGAGUAUUCUGAAAACUCAUGAAAUGAUUCACACAGAGGAAAAGCCUUUCACAUGUACAGAGUGUGGGAAAAGUUUUAGAGUAAAGUGUCAUCUGAAAACUCAUGAAAGGAAUCACACAGGAGAAAAGCCUUUCACAUGUACAGAGUGUGGAAAAUGUUUUACAUUAAAGAGUAUUCUGAAAACUCAUGAAAGGAUUCACACAGAGGAAAAGCCUUUCACAUGUACAGAGUGUGGGAAAAGUUUUAGAGUAAAGUGUCAUCUGAAAACUCAUGAAAGGAAUCACACAGGAGAAAAGCCUUUCACAUGUACAGAGUGUGGAAAAUGUUUUACAUUAAAGAGUAUUCUGAAAACUCAUGAAAGGAUUCACACAGAGGAAAAGCCUUUCACAUGUACAGAGUGUGGGAAAAGUUUUACAUACAUUAGUAAGAUGAAAACUCAUGAAAGGAUUCACACAGGAGAAAAGCCUUUCACAUGUACAGAGUGUGGAAAAAGAUUUACACAAAUAAAUAAUCUGAAAACUCAUGAAAGGAUUCAAACAGGAGAAAAGCCUUUCACAUGUACAGAAUGUGGAAAAUGUUUUACACAAAUGAGUCAUCUGAAAUCUCAUGAAAGGAUUCACACAGGGGAAAAGCUGUUCACAUGUACAGAGUGUGGAAAAUGUUUUACACAACAGAGUAAUCUGAAAAGUCAUGAAAGGAUUCAUAAGGGAAGAAACCUUUCACAUGUUUAGAAAGUGGGAAAAAGGUUUUUAUUGAAAUCAGGUAUCACAAAACAUCAACUAUUUACACACAAACUUUAUUUACACAGUGUACAAACCUUUUUACAAGGUGAAAAAGGUGAAAAAGAAAAACAAAGUGGAAUCUUAUGUGUCAAAUUGAUAAUGCAUAUAAUUGGUUGGGUUGGUGUACAAAUGGUAUAGAUGACUCCAAAAGAUGGUAAAAAAUGAAGCUCACAGCGUGGCUUUAACUAUGUGCUUAAUUUUUCUCACAAUGAAAUUUCAACUAUGUGCUUUAUUAAUACAAAUAGUGCUUUUAAAUAGCUAACUUGUAAGCAGAGGCCAGUGAACUGUGUGCUAUGACAGAGUAGAUAAACAAUUCAGUGUUCAAAGUGCAUGUGUCAAAGAAAAAAUCCAAAUAAAUAAAUAAAAAAGCAAAAGCAAUAACAAAUAGGGAUGGGUUAAAUUAGUGAAGCAACUAUCAUAUUCAAUGCUAUAAAAUCACUACUAAAAAGUAAAAUCAAAAUUCAAAUAGACAAUUGGUUGUGACAAAAUAAACAAUAUUGGUAUUAAAAAUCUUGAAUUUUAGCAAA